AAGUAUAUUUUUGUUUUGGUUUUUUUAUAUUGUGAAUUUUGUUCAUUACAGGGAGUCGUUAAUCUAUAUUUGAAAGGGGCAACAUUUUAAGCAUGUCCUUGGUGGCUAGUGCACAUUGAAUUUAAGUCAUUAUAAUUAAGGUGCUGGUUAGACUUAGUCUGAGCUCAUGUAUUUCAGUAGAUGUGCUGGCGUGAAACAUAAAUCUAGACCACUAUGCCGUGAAAUAGGGAGAAUUGGAGUCGGAAUUUUAUUUGCUCUCUCCAGCUCCAUUUGGCCCUGAUCCCCCGCUCACAAUUCAAACACGGAAGUUAUCUCGUGUAAAUGAAACCGACACCCAUCCCUGAUGCAAUCAGAAUUUACUUUACUGCCAUCAGUAAUCCUCUCGGGCACUCGAUGGCCCCUUCAACACACGGGCUCGUCUUAGAUUAAGACACUGCAGGGCGGCCAUUUUUCUAUUGUCUUGCAUAUAUACUGACGCAGACUAAGCACUUCCUUCUUUCUAAAAGAGUAGCAGGCGCGGUGGGUGUUUCUUUUCUAAGACAUCAUCAUGAUUAAAUUUAUGUGCAUCUGAGCCACCAAUGACUUUUUAAAACUUGUUAAUGGUGAGACUAAUAAUGCAGCUACGUGUGAAAUAUAUGUGAUGGGCGAGUGGCUUACUAAUAGAAAGGAAUAUAACUGUAUUGUGAAAUAAUUCUUUGAUUGUCAAAUAUAUAUAUUUAUAUUUUGUAAUCUAUUGCUGUCUUAUUCCAGUUUUUAUUUGAUUUUAAAAUGAUUGUCAAUUUAAAGGUAAAGAUUUAACAAAGAACCUCAAUGUUUUAAUUGAAAGAGUCCUUUGCUGACUGCCUGCCCCUAUUGCUGGCCAUGGUGUCCCCCCUUUCCAAGAGUGUGGUUUGACCAUUCUGGGCCCCUGGGCAGACCAAAAAAGGGAGCCAUUGUGAAUGAAGACCGCUUUUCCCAUUAGGCCCAGGCCGGGUGGUGGAUAUGGACGCUGGAGGGACAGAUAUGGUCCACCCGUAAGGACUGAGUAUCGGCUCAUUGUUGAGAAUCUUUCCAGCCGCUGUAGCUGGCAAGACUUGAAGGACUACAUGAGGCAGGCGGGCGAGGUGACUUACGCAGACACCCACAAGGGCCGGAAGAACGAGGGGGUGAUCGAGUUCAGGCUCUACUCGGACAUGAAGCGGGCUCUGGAGAAGCUGGACGGCACAGAGGUGAACGGCAGAAAGAUCCGGCUCAUCGAGGACCGUCCCGGCGCCCGGCGCCGCCACUCGUACUCUCGCAGCCGUAGCCGCUCCAGGUCUCGCUCCAGGAGCCGCAGAUCUCGCAAGAGUCGCAGCCGCAGUGAGAGCAGCAGUCGCAGCCGCUCCCACUCCAGAGCCGGUUCCCGCUCCCGCAGCCGAUCUCGUAGCAAGAAGAACAAGGGCAAGAACAAGAAGGAGGAAGAGGAGCGCAGCAACGGCGCUCAGAAGAACAAAGACCGCAGCCGGAGCCGCAGCCCGAAGAGUCGAAGCCCCAAGAGCCGCAGUCCCAAGAGCCGAAGCCCCAAAAGCAAAAAGAGCAAGAAGGACGGGAAGAAGGGCAAGAAGGAGGAUUCCCGGUCCAGAUCUCGCUCCCGCUCCCGCUCCAGGUCUCGUUCUCGGUCGGGGAUCAAGGACCGCUCCAGGAAAUCCGUCUCCAAGGGCCACGACCCGCCCAAGAGCGACGACGAGGGGGGGGAGCCCGAGAGAGGCUCCCGCUCCCGCUCCCGUUCCCGCUCCCCUGUGGAGUCCAAAUCCAGAGCCCGGUCUAAAUCCAAGUCCAAGUCCCGCUCCCCGUCACCCGCCAAAGCCCGCUCCCACUCCCGGUCCGCCUCCCGGUCAGAGUCCCGCUCCAAAUCCCGCUCCCAGUCUCGUUCUCGCUCCCGCUCUCGCUCCUAGUUCAGAUUUUGGACUGUUUGUUAUGAGCCCUCACCCCCCCCCCUCCCUCCCCCCGGUGUCUCACCCCCCCCCGCCCUCUAUUUACAUUCCCCGACCCCCACAACACUACCCCUGCCUCCGUAUUUUGAUAAAUAGCUGUAGGAAACCAGGCACUCAUGUCAUGCUCGAUGUCUUUUAUGCACAUGCUACUCCAUUUCAUUUGACUUUUACCCAAUUUAUUUUUUCAUUAGAGUUGUUUGUAAAAAAAAUAAAAUAAAAUAACAGGGUGCGAUCUCAGUUUUAUAAGUUUAAAUGAUGGUAUGGUGUGUGUCUUAGCCUUUUUUUAAUCAAACGUAGAAGCAUACUGUUUUUUUUGUGAAUAUGCUGGGUGGAAAUAUCUCGCCUCAAAAAGUCCUUGUAUCAUUUUGUUUCAGAUUAAAAAACAAAUGCCUGUUGUGGA